AUGCGUGCCUACUUUGUUUUCGCCUUAAUUGCCUGCGUGCUGAUCUCGCUAGCCUCUGGCCAGGACGCUUUUGAGGAGCAACAGGAACAGGUGCGAGAUGCCGUUGAGGCACAACCAGAACUUGUGCGAGCCAAGCGUCAAUUUGGAUAUGGAGGAUUUGGUGGUCCUUUUGGAGGAUUUGGUGGUCCUUAUGGAGGAUUCGGUCGCUAUGGCGGAGGCUUUGGGGGUGGCUAUGGCGGUGGCUAUGGCGGUUACGGAAGAGGCUAUGGUGGCGGCUUUGGUCGCUAUGGUGGCUUCGGUCCAUAUGGCGGCGGCUUCUAUGGCUAA